AUGAUGUUUAGCAAGGAGUUCUCUACGGCAUAUUCGAAUUGGCUAUACAUCCACGAUUGCGACCAGGAUGAUUCCGACGAGGAUGAUUCUGAUCGGGAUGCAGGGGCAAUUUCUUCCCAGCACGUGAGUGAAAUAUUACCUGGACCAUUAUAUUAUGCGUCGAGAUUCGGCUUUGAGUUCUCUGUUGAGAAAUUACUCAGAGAAGGCGCAAAAGUGACCCGAGAAGGCAAUCUCAGGAGCCCCAUUGUGGUGGCGGCUGUUUACAGUCACGCAGGGGUCCUGCGUCAGCUGCUGGAUGCUGAUGUUUCGCAACUUAUUCAGGUGGAGGACAUGCGUUUCAUUAUGAAGAAUAUUGACGGGGAUCUGACAGAGACGAUGAUGGUUUUGCUAGGUUCGGGAGCUUUUCAUCUUGAAGAACUGCACAACUCGCGACAGAAUAUGACAGAAAGAACAACUUGGGAAGAUGCAAUCACUGCCGCAGCAAGAAACCCAAGGAAUGGAGACAAGAUCAUAACAAUUCUUCUCAAGGAGUGGGGAUCUGGUGUCUGUAUUACGGAGGAUAUGGUCAAGGCAGCGGCAGGGAAUAGGGAGAGCGGAGAUAAGGCCAUGGAAAUUCUCUUCAAGGAGUGCGGAGCCCAUAUUUCUAUCACAGAUGAUGUGAUGAAGACAGCUGCAAGGAAUGAGUGCGGGGAUAAGGUGAUAACGAUUCUUCUUGACAAGCGCGCCGAUACCCCGAUAAUAGAGGAUGUGAUGAUAACCGCGGCAGAGAAUGAGAGUUGCGGAGACAGACUUGUAACGAUUCUCCUCCGCUAUAGAGGUGAUAUCCCGAUCACAGAGAAUGUGGUUAGAGCAGCGGCAUGGAACCAUAGUAGCGGGGGUAAGAUCGUAGCCAAGUUCCUUGAGGAACGCGGGACCGAUCUCCCUAUCACGGAGGAUGUGUUGAAGACAGUAGCGUUAAAUUCCUGGGAGGGCGGAGACAUCAUAACCAUCCUCCUCGAGAAAUAUGGAACCGAUCUCCCUAUCACAGAGGGUAUUGUCACUGAAAUUGCUAGAAGGUUUAACGGAAGAGUGAUGGGGAUUCUUUUCGAGAAAUACGGAACCGAUCUCCCUAUCACAGAGGAUGCAGUCCAGGCAGCAGCAAGGAAUUGGAGGAACUGCGACGACGUUAUAGCCGUCCUCCUCGAGGAGCGCGGAGCCGAUAUCCCUAUCACAGAGGGUACCCUCGCUGAAAUUCUCAAAACGUGUAACGAAAGAGUGAUAAGGCUUCUCCUUAACAAAGGCGGAACCAAUAUCCUUAUCACCGAGAAUGUGGUCCUGGCAGCAGCGAGGAAUUAUUCGAGCGCGGAAGAUAUCAUGACUAUCCUCCUCGAGGAGCGCGGAGCCGAUAGCCUUAUCACAGAGGGUACUGUCGCUCAAAUUGCUAGAAGGUUUAGCGAAAGAGUGGUGAUGAUUCUUUUCGAGAGAUGCGGACCCGAUAUCCCGAUCAAAGAGGGUACUUUCGCUCAAAUUGCUAGAAGGUUUAGCGAAAGAGUGAUGAUAGUUCUUUUCGAGAAAUGCGGACCCGCUAUUACAAUCACAGAGGAUGUGGUCGAGGCGGCGGCGAUAAAUUAUUCGAGCGGAGAAGAUAUUAUGAUCAUUCUCCUCGAGGAGCGCAGAGCUAAUAUCUCUAUCACGGAGGGUCUUGUCGUUCGAGUUGCUAGAAGGUUUAGUGAAAGAGUGAUGAUGCUUCUUUUUGACAGACGAGGAUCCGAUAUCCCUGUUACCGAGGAGGUGGUUCAGGCAGCGGUACGGAAUUGUUCGAGCGCGGAUAAAGUGAUGACGGUUCUCCUUGACAAACGCGGGGCCGAUAUCCCGAUCACAGAGCGUGUAGUUAAGGCAGUGGUGGAAAAUUACUCGAGCGGACAAGAAAUCCUGACUAUUCUCCUUGAUAAAUACGAAGCCGAUGUUCCUAUCACAGAGGAUGUGGUCAAAGCAGCGGCGAGGAAUUAUUGGAUCGCUGAUAAACUGAUGACGGUUCUCCUCGACAGACGCGGAACCAAUAUCCUGAUCACAGACAACGUGAUCAAAAUCGCGGCAGAGAACGAAAACUGCGGGGAUAGGCUUAUGGAGAUUCUCCUCCGCCACAGAGCCGAUCUCCUGGCGACAGGGGAUGCGGAUGAGGCAGCGGCAGGGAAUCAUUCAAACAUGUUGUUCAGCCGAGACGCGAGGUUGAUACCGGGCGAGUCUGAGUUUACUCUGCCAUCAAUGCCGCGAGCAAUUGAGGAGCCCACCACAGAUCCAACCGAGUCUCCGAGAGCGAACUUUCACGGAUACAUGCGUGUCUUGUACCCCUUUCAAUUGAUUAAAGAUUUCUCUCCUUCGACAAACAAACUUCCGUUGGAUCAGGGAGACAUGAUUAUGGUUGAUUCUAUUAGCCCCAGUGGCCGGGCCAUUGGCACGGUAUUGGAUUCUGAUUCUGCAGAAUAUGGCUGGGUUCCCACAGAUUAUUGCGAAAUGUAUGAUGAACUACCUAUGCGCCCUCUCCUCAAUGCCUUGGCCGAUUUACGGGAUACCAUACGAACCGGAUGCAUUUCAUCAUUGAGUGAUCUUGAAGACCAAGAUUUCAUGCGAAGCCCUAACGCUGGUGUCCGUUUUCUUCUGGAGAAAUCUGAAUGUCUUAUUCCAGAAGCCCCGCUGGUGAAGAAGUACGAUGUAGUUCGGAGGGUCCGCAAGGCCCUGGUUUCAGACCUUUCUUCAAUGUUCAUCACCACCAAGCAGGUCCAAGAUUCCGUUAGCAGAGGGUAUUCCGAUGAAGAUGUGAAGGAUAUUCUAGACGAGAUACUGAUCAAAUUCUUUAAGAUCAUCAUUCGUGGCGUCCAAUUUGUUGAUGUAUUGGAUGAGGUUAGCCCGAGCAGGACCCCGGUCGAAAUGUUUGUCUCCGGUCAUUGA